AUGGAGUCCUCUGGCAUGGUGAUCCCAUCUGCUCAGGAACACCCUUCCACCUCGACGAUGUCUAAUGGCUACCCUAUCUCGCCCGUCGCCGACGAUACCCACGCGGAUGGCGAUGCGGUAUCCCAACGUGAACGCAGUCCGUCCGAACCUAUGGAGUCCCACCCCGUCUCCGAGUCCUCCCCCGAACCCGAUGCCGCGGACGACUCAUAUGACGGCGCGUCUGCUGAUUCAGAUGCGGAGGAUGAGGACGUAGCGGAGGACAACAGCGACUAUGACGCCAACGCAUACAGCCGUGAAAACUCUUCAUCCCCUCACCCCGACCGCGGUGCGAAGCGCAAAUCGUCACCGGUUAGCGAAACCGACCUGAUUAGACAAAAUCCCGAUUUGUAUGGACUUCGACGAAGUGGUCGUGCUCGUACGACGCGCCAUAUCGCCGACUCAUCCGAUUCAGACUCGGAUGAUGUUGCACCACGCACCAAGCGUCGGCGCAAAGAUCCAUCCCAACAACCUUCUAAGGCCUCCCGAUCGGCUACUGUGUCCUCACUAUCCGAGUCGGACAGUGAUGAGUAUGGUGGAAAGAGCGCUCGCGCUAGCAAAGCGAGAAGGCGACGUCUCCAACAAACUGCUAGCUAUGAACCUUCAAUGGGCGAGGUUCGCUUCUCAACACGGACUGCAAAGAAGGUGUCAAAUUACAACGAGGAUGACGAGGAAGAUGAAGCCAUGUUUGAAGAAGACCCAGAAGAUCUUGCACCGAACUACUGGGCGGAGAGUUAUGUGGAGGACACUCGCCCUGCUGUCGAUGUCGUCCUGAAUCACCGCCUCAAGGAGGGCAUCGACCCAAAAUCUCAUCAUCUCGACCGCAAGGACUUUGAGUUUUGCAUCAAGUGGCAGGACAAAUCACACUAUCAUGCUACUUGGGAAAGCAAUGAAUCUAUUUCCAACUUCCGCAGCACGCGGCGCGUGGAUAAUUAUGUUCGGAAAGUGCUCAAUGAGGAUAUUCGGUUGCAGUAUAAUGUCGACGCCGCUCCUGAAGACCGCGAAAAGUGGAAUCUCGAUCGCGAACGAGACGUCGAGGCCAUAGAGGACUACAAAAAUGUUGAACGAGUCAUUGGUGUACGUGAUGGUGAUGACGGCGCCACGGAAUACCUUGUCAAAUGGAAACGUCUCUUCUACGAUUCCUGCACUUGGGAACCCGAGGACCUGGUUAGUGAGAUCGCACAGCGUGAGGUUGACCGGUUCUUGGACCGCACUGCUCGCCAACCCAUCUCCGACAAGAACGAGAUGAAUGUUGCCACCCGUAAAUCCUUCGAACCCAUCCACGGCACCCCUAGUUUCUUGCAGAAUGGAGAACUUAAGGACUUCCAAGUCAAAGGUCUAAACUUCUUGGCUUUCAACUGGGUCAGAGGUCGCAAUGUGGUUUUGGCAGAUGAGAUGGGUCUCGGAAAGACAGUCCAAACUGUUUCAUUCAUCAACUGGAUGCGCCAUGUCAGGCGGCAGCAAGGGCCAUUCAUUGUCAUCGUUCCCCUGUCUACUAUGCCAGCAUGGGCUGAUACCUUCGAUCACUGGACACCGGACCUGAACUACGUUGUUUACAACGGUAGUGAAAAAGGCACGCUCCGUUUUGCGCGAUUACGAAUUGAUGGUCGAUGGGAAUCCCAAACGUCCAAAGUUCCACGUUCUGUUGACUACUUACGAUUGUUCGAAUGGAAAUGCCAGGCACGGCUCUUGAUCACCGGUACCCCAAUCCAAAACAACCUUGCUGAACUUUCAGCACUGAUGGAUUUCCUCAAUCCGGGCCUCAUUGAAGUCGACGUCGACAUGGAUUUGAAUGCCGAGGCAGCGUCUCAAAAACUUGCGGAAUUAACAAAUGCCAUUCAACCUUACAUGUUACGGCUGGAGCUCUCCGAUGUCCAAUUGGAAUACUACAAGAACAUCUUGACAAAAAACUAUGCUGCGCUAAAUGACGGGAACAAGGGAAUGAAGCAGUCUCUUCUCAACAUCAUGAUGGAAUUGAAGAAGGCUAGCAACCACCCAUUUAUGUUCCCCAACGCAGAAGCAAAGAUUCUGGAAGGCAGUAGUCGUCGAGAAGAUAUCCUUCGAGCUAUGAUCACCAGCAGUGGAAAGAUGAUGCUGUUGGACCAACUCCUCCGUAAGUUGAGCGUUGAUGGCCAUCGAGUUUUGAUCUUCUGUCAGAUGGUUGGCAUGCUUAACAUCCUAAGUGAGUAUAUGGAGUACCGUGGUUACAAAUAUCAACGGCUUGAUGGAACUAUCCCGUCUGCCGCCCGUCGCUUGGCAAUUGAGCAUUACAACGCUCCUGGUAGCACCGACUUUGCAUUUCUUCUCUCAACCCGCGCAGGUGGUCUCGGUAUCAACCUUAUGACUGCAGACACUGUCGUUCUGUUUGAUUCGGAUUGGAACCCCCAGGCUGAUCUGCAAGCUAUGGCGCGUGCUCAUCGAAUCGGUCAAACAAGGCCCGUAAGCGUCUACCGCCUUGUCUCAAAGGACACGAUCGAGGAAGAAGUCAUUGAACGAGCUCGCAACAAGCUUUUGCUCGAGUUCAUCACCAUCCAGCGUGGUGUCACAGACAAGGAAGCCUCGGAGAUGCAAAACAAGAUGGCUCGCGUGGUUGCCGAGCCUAAUUCCACAGACGAUAUCUCUCGGAUCCUCAAGCGCCGCGGUCAGAAGAUGUUCGAGCAAACCGACAACCAGAAGAAACUCGAGCAGCUUGAUAUCGAUUCCGUCCUUGCAAACGCAGAAUUACACCAAACUGAAGAGGCCGAGCAAAUCCAAGCUGACGGUGGCGAGGAAUUUUUGAAAGCAUUCGAUUUCGUCGACAUCAAAGUUGACGAUCUCACGUGGGACGAUAUCAUUCCCAAGGAACAGCUCGAAGUGCUCAAGGCGGAGGAAAAGCGCAAAGAUGAUGCCCAUUAUCUUGCUGAAGUCAUUGAGCAAAAUCGACCCCGCAAGCGUCAUGCCCCAACGGACACGACAGAUUCACGAGAGGAACGCAAGGCGAAACGCCUAGCAAGGGCUCAAGUCAACAUUGAUGAUGGCGAGGAAGAGAGUACCUCGUUGGAUCCCAAGCGCCCCCUGGGAGAAAAAGAAUACCGUGCGCUUUCUCGAGCUUUCCUUCGGUACGGCGAUCUGGAUGACUCUGAAGACCUCAUCCUUGAGGAUGCCAGGUUACAAACUCGCGAUCGGGGUACCGUUCGUGACGCUCUUCAUGAAAUUACCGAAAAGGCAAACUCGCUUGUCCAGGCAAGUCUAGAUCAAUUAGAGGCCAUGAAACAAUCAGGUAGGAACCCGACGAAGAAAGAGCAGAAGGCCGUCUUGUUCGACCACCACGGUGUCAAACGACUCAACGCAUGGACUAUCGUGGAGCGUCCACCGGAUAUGCGCCUUAUCCGAAGCAUCAUCAAAGCAUUGCCUGAUUUCAAAACAUUCCGGCUCCCCGAGGCUACCAAAUUGGCGGACUACAGCUGCCAGUGGGGUGCACGUGAAGACGGAAUGCUUCUUGUGGGUAUCGCACGCCAUGGGUUCGGUGCGUGGACCCAGAUUCGCGAUGAUACUGAGCUUGGCCUCGGUGAUAAAUUCUUCCUUGAGGAACACCGAGUGGAGCGAAAGACACAACGCCUGCAAACCGAGGAGAAGGCAACAAAAUCACCGGGCGCUGUCCACCUUGUUCGACGGGCUGAAUACCUCAUGUCUGUUUUGAGAAACAAGUUCAAUAACAAUGCCACAGCAAGAAGGGCAGUCGACAACCACCACCGCAACAAUAAGCGUGGCUCACGGGUUUCCGGUAGUGGCAGUGUCUCUGCCUCACCGGCGCCUUCCAGUUCCCGCAGGCCUGAGAAUCCCCGCAAGGGCCAUCGUGAAUCUGAUCGAUCACGGCCCCGCCCCCACACGCAUGGUGGCCGGGAAGGAGACCGUCACAGUACUCCUAGCCAUGAAUCUCGUCCUCGGUCUAGUCUUGAUAUUGAUCGUCCACGCCAUCGUCUAUCGGACGCCUCUAAUGACGAGCUUCGUCGCCGCAAAGGUCAUGAGAACGGCGGUUCUAAUAAAGAAGACAUGGCGUUCAUGUUCUUCAAACCUAUUGUUGCCAAUUUGAAACAAGUAUCAAUGAUCACUGCCAAAAAUUACCCAAGCAAGAACGAGCGUGCCCAGAAACUCCGUCUUACCCUUGUGAAGAUUGGAGAAUUCAUUCGCAAUACUCUGGAGGGCUCGCAAUCGAUGCCCUCCUUGGAGGUCCGACUAUGGGAUUAUGUUUCACUCAACUACUGGCCAAAUAAAGACGCUAGUGGUGCUAAGCUGCAGCAGAUGUUCAAUAAGGUCAUGGAAGCCAGUAAAGUUUCCAAGGCUUCUAAUGGCAGCUCGGCUUGA